CGACGGGUGGUCUGUGUGUGUGUGUGUAUGUGACAAGUGGCACACGGCCUGCCAAAAGCUCAACAUGCGUCCUGCACAUGAGCACACACAUAUUUACCUCCUCCCAAUGAUGAGUGAAGUCAUCCAAUAAUGUGAUUAAAUGACACAGUUCCUAUCAUAGACCAUACCCUAAAAUAUUCAGCCCGUGCUAAAAUAAGUCAGAUAUUUUCAGAGUGCGGUCACACGGGCUGUUAAUCCAUCACUGAGAAAGAAAAAAAAAAGUGUAGUAAUCUAGGUCAAACUCAACAGGGGUUUAAUUAGUUACAAUGCUAAGUGCUCAAAGAGUUUGUUAAGCGCUAACACACCAAAAGUGGUCAUGCGUAAGAUGGGCGAAUGCGUGUGGAUAUGUGUGUGUGUGUGUGUGUGUGUGUAUGGUGUGUAUUUUGAUACCGUGCUGCGUGUUUCUGAGCUGAAACGCCAUGGCUUGGAUCACCUUUCACUUCAGGGCCUCAUAUCCUAAGAGGGAUGUUAACUAGCCGCAUUAGACUCUUGCUAGCGCUGCUAAACCAGGCUAUACCUGCACUCAUGCAUGCUGUGUGACUGUGUGAUAUCAAGACACUGCAAGAAGGAGAGAUCUUCAAUAUGAACACAGACAGUGGAGGACAAAUCCGCAAAUGUGCCACGCUUUCACUCACUUUAACCCCCAUGAAGAGAAUCCAGAGCUCGCCAAACCUAUACUCACUCACAGACUCUGAAUCACAAUCCAGAGAUUCAGAUUUGUGGAGGCCCAGUAGUAGCACUGAUGGUCUAAGAAACGGUGACGUCUGCUCUUCCUCUCUGGCAGCUAAAGGUUACAGAAGUGUCAGGCCCAUCUUUCAGGAAAAAAAGUCUCCCACACCGGCACAAGAGCAAAAUGUCCAUAUCCUCAGUCUGAUGCCCACACUGGACCAAAUUUCAGGCUUUUCACAGCAGUCACACUUGCAACCUCCGUCAAGGGAGCUGGAGAGACACGUAGCUUCCCUCUCCAUCCACAUUCACCCGAGGCCUCAGAUAUCGGGACCCCGCACACAGGCAAUGUCUUUGAGACCUCCCACCCCUCCUAAAAGGAUGGACCGGCAGGAUCGUGGUUCACACCAAUGCCGUCCACUGCCAUCUGCAGCCCCGCCAGUGCCUGAGGUGCCAGUCCUCCUCAAACAGAGCUAUCCUGGAACAGCACAGUCCCAUAACCGGCUUAGACUCUCCCUCGAUUUCAUCAGACCUGAGACCUUUUCUCCAGCAGGCCCUCACUCCCCCGACCGCUGCUCAUCCUGUACUCAGAGCGAAGCAUCCACUGCAGUGCUGGAGGAGUUGAGGGCGUUUGGACUGGGCCCCGAGGGCGGCUCUCGUACCCCUUCACCAACACUCAGCCAGAUGAGUGUUGUCACAGACAGCAUGGGGUUACACUCCCCUGCAGCUAGCAACAUUAAUGGCCAGAUGACUGUAAACGGUGGUCUGAGUGUGCCAGCAAGUCCUCGUAGUCACAUCCAGAGACCCUUCUCUCCCUCAACAUACCCUCCUCCUCCUUCACUGAGUCCCAGUAUUACAGCAAUGCAGCAGCAGGCUAGAACCACUGCCUCCAGCACUCCAAUCUACGCCAACGUGGAUCCUCCUGCCCGAGCGCCGCAUACUGACAGGAGAGAAACAGCAGGGAAAGCUCCGCACUAUACUGGCAUCGGUCCUGUGGAUGAGUCUGGGAUUCCCAUAGCAAUACGGACGACUGUUGACAGGCCAAAAGAUUGGUACAAGACCAUGUUCAAACAGAUUCAUGUGGUGCCUAAAACAGAGAUCGAGUGGUCCGGGUCCCGAACUGCCACAGAUCCUGUUACAAGUCCAGCUACAACUAUUUCCAAACAAGAUAAGCAAGCUGCCCCUAAUGCUGUCCAGGCUCAUCCUGCACCAAAAACCAGCACCUACCGGCCCAUAAGCAAGAGUGUUUCCGACAAUGGCAUAUAUGCUUUCAGGCUGCCCGUCGCCUCUCCCCUGCCCACAUCAACCUCCACACAGCAGAGACCCAUUGAAAGAGAGGCUCCACAGAGAGGCAGAAGCACACCAGACAUGAAUGAAUGGGGGCCUCCUGAUAGAAAAGUGGACACACGGAAAUACAGAGCAGAGCCAAGGAGCAUCUUUGACUAUGAGCCUGGAAAAUCAUCUGUUUUAGAACAGGAGAGAGCGAAAAGUAACUUAAGUCCAGAGGACAUAGAUUUAGAGAAUGAGCCAUGGUAUAAGUUCUUUGCUGAACUGGAGUUUGGGCGGCCGCCUCCAAAAAAACUUCUGGAUUACAAUCCAGAGAGCGCUCCUCGAUUUCCAGUGGAGACCUCUCUUUAUCAGCCAUCCACUGACAGGAGCCUUGAAAGGCCAUCAAGCUCUGCAAGUGAUAACAAGAAGAGGCGAAAAUCCGAACCUGCUACCACUCAGCCAAGAGCUCACAGCAGUGUGGGCACAACACAAACAUCUGUCAGACCACCAGAGCUGCCCAGGGGCAGCAGCACCCAGAGGAAUCCCCUAACCAGCCCAAGCUCCCCCGCCACCACUAGAACUAAAGGUGGGGAUGUGAGCAAUAUGCACACAGCACAUUCAAACUGUCUAAGUCCAAACCAUUCUACCUCAGAACCUGUGUAUCAAAACUAUGGUGAAAAUGAAGACAGUUUUAUGGCUGUCCCAGCUGUCUCAAAAGGCUUCUCCAGCCUCCCAGAAGGCUGGAAACCAGCCCAAGAGAAUUCAGAAGACUGGAUGAUCGCAGAGGAGACCUCACCUAAGCUCAAAUCUUGGAGUUGUGAUGACCUCCUGUCUGAGGGAAGGGGAAGAGAAGUGCAGACCCGUUGUGAAAGCACUGGCUCCUUGUUGCACAAUGGGGAACUAGAGACAUCACAAUACUGUGAUGUCCAAGAGCCUGAGGAUCUUAGGGAGAGGACCCGCCACCGCUCUGCCCACGAUGCACCAGGCUUUCUUAAACUCUACAAGAAGAUGCAUCACAUUAACAGGCAAGAGUUGAUCAACUCUACUGUGAUCUGCUCUGUCAAAUCCAGGAUCCGUAAGUAUGAGAGCGAACAGCGAAAGGAUAGGCGGACUGGCAAUAAGGGCUGCAACGAAGAGGUGCCUAGAGACAUGGUGCACAACAGGAUUUCUGAAUUUGAGAGUCUGAUUCAGAAGUCUAAAUCCAUGCCAAACCUUGGGGAGGAGUGCCUAAUCAGAGGUUCUUCCAGGAGGAUCAACAGCCCUAAGCGUAGCCUCUCUAUUGAGUCGUUGCUAGAUGAAGAACCACCAGCCAGGAAUCCCCCUGAAGGACGACCCCAAUACCCCAAGAUAAACAACCAUGUGCCAAUUCACAUCCAUGUCACCAGUGACCAAUUACAAAACUCUGCCAUGCAGAAUGAUUAUUCGGACAGUGAGCAUGAUGCUGUAGUGUCCGAUCUUAGUGACUUCAUCCAGAUUGAGGGGUCAUCUUUUUGCAGUGAGAGGGAGUUUGACUUGUGUUCAUUUGCCUCCUCCGAAAGUUUCUGUGGAUCUGGACACCACCAUCAUUUUCACAGGCAACUUGUGAGCUCCUGCAAGGGCCGCUGCCCAGCUUCCUAUACACGCUUCACCACCAUGAUCAAGCACGAGAGGGCCAAGCAGGAUCGGAGGCAACAUUUGCGAGUAGAAGAUUCUGAGUUUGGUCUCAGUAAGCUUGCAUUCCUGGUCAGCCCAGUGCCUUUCCGUCGGAAGAACCUGUCACCUUUGAGUUUUUCCCGAAUGUCAAACUCCAAGAGCUAUGUGUACGAGACUCUAGAUUCAGCUCUAAAAGACAUCUAUGAUCACAUCCGCACUGAGAAACGCAGGAGUAGCCUGUCAGAAAACAGCAUCCUUCAUAGGUUGUUGGUGGAGUUGCUUCCGGACAUUCCUGAGAGGAAUUCCUCCCUGCAUGCACUGGGGAGAAACAGUCCUACAAUUCAACCUCGCUCUUACCACCCACAACCUGAUGGCAUGUCCAGUCAGGACAUUCACCAAUCCGAGUACUGUCACCUGUCCCAUAGUGCCUCUCACAACCAUAUAGACAGCAACAACAACCAGAGGAACCACAACUUUAAAUACUGCUAUCAAGACCAGGACACAUCCAGAAAUUACACUUACCCUGAUGUGGGUCGGCAAACACCACAGAGCAGGAGACAAACCCCUGAUGUCAAAGAGAAACUGCCAGCCAGAGCAAUAUAUGACUUCAAAGCACAGACGGCCAAAGAGCUGACGUUCAAAAAAGGAGACACAGUAUACAUCAGUCGGCAGAUAGAUAAUAACUGGUAUGAAGGAGAAUACCAUGGACAUGUAGGGAUAUUCCCCAUCUCAUAUGUGGAGAAAAUCCCUCCAUCGGAGCGACAUCUGCCAGCAAGACCACCUCCUCCAGCCCAGAGCAAAGAAAUUGGAGAAGCAGUUGCCCGUUACAACUUUAAUGCUGAUACUAAUGUGGAACUUUCAUUAAGAAAAGGAGAGCGUGUUGUAUUGGUGCGGCAGGUGGACAAAAACUGGUUUGAGGGAAAGAUCCCAGGUACAAACAAACAAGGAAUAUUUCCAGUGUCGUAUGUGGAUGUCAUUAAGAAGACUUCAGUACAAAAUACUGGACAACCGCCUGGGCCUAGUAUACCUACCAGCUUCUCCAGUGACAGACUGAACAGUAGGCCGUCAUCUACACGUAACCUCCACAACUCUCCAUCCCCAACUAUCCGUCCACUCUCCUCAUCUUCUCCCAGUCCACAGAGAGCUGCACACCUUCAAGCCAUCACCAGCGAGUGGUUGGCUCUCACUCUGGGUCUGUCCCCUUCAGGAACCCCUGCCCCCACACCUCCUCCCUUCCCUUCCAAUUUCCAGCCAUACUAUGAAGCGUUUGACUCUGGCAUCUCGCCAUCUCCCGCCUCCUCCACACUGGGCCGCUCUCCAACACUCACUCCCCGCGUCUCCACACCUGCACUCAAAGAGGGCCACUUCAUUCCCAUCUCCUCCCCAAAGUCCUACAUGUCCCCUGAUCCCAGCCCGUCACCUCAACCCUACCUCACCUCCGCCUCCUUCACUCCUUCGCCCACUUCACCCACAUUUGACUCCAGGUCUGGCAGUGUCAUAGAAAUUCUGUCCAGUCACAAAGCAGAUUUGCCUGUGAAGGAACUGCAGUUGUUCUCAGAUCCCAAAGACAGAUACAAGCCAGGCGAGACAGACUCCCCUAAAUUGGGCAGCCCUAUUGACUUAGUUGUUUUUGAAGGUCAAAAAUCUCCAUUGGAUAUUCUGCCACCAAAAGACCUAGAGGAUGAUCUGUGUGAGGAGCUAGUGUCGAUUAUAAAGGCCAGCCAAUCAAAGGGUGCAUUCUUAGAAGAGGAGGAUUUGUAUCACCAAGAACCAGAUACUGUGGAAAAGCUACCCAGACUCUUCAUUGAGGAGGAGCAGAAUGAAGACAACAGCUUCUUAAAUAAAACCCUGCCAUCAAAUACAUUCACUCCACUCCAACUUGCCCAUAGUGAGGGUUCAGAUAUUGAGCAGGGUGAAGUUUCCCAGAAUGCCUCUCCUCGUCUCUCCUCUCUGUCCUCACAGAUGUCAUUGCCAUUCACAUCUGCUAAAUACUCCCCCACUUCCCCAUGCUCCACCCCACCAUUGCCUGGGGUUUCACAGUCACCCCCUCACUUGGCAAAACUGUUCCCUCGGCAGGACCUCCGCUCCCCAAAGGUCAAGCCUGUGUUAAGGCGUGAUGUUGUGGUUGUUGGUAAACCCCCUCGUAGCCCUGUGAUGUCUAGGAGGUCCUGCGGAUCACCUGUUAGAGGUCAAAACUUUUCGCCAUCUAAUAGGUCCCAAAGACAAGCAUAUGCUUGUGAUCCACUUCAAGGUGGAGGGGAACCAUUUCAAGCACUGUAUAACUACAUGCCACGGAAUGAAGAUGAGCUGGAGCUGAAGGAAGGUGAUGUUGUUGAUGUCAUGGAAAAGUGUGAUGAUGGAUGGUUUGUGGGAACGUCAAGGAGAACCAAGUUUUUUGGAACCUUUCCUGGGAACUAUGUGAAGAGGCUAUAAAUGGACUUAAAACGCACGUCUCUGAUGGUCAUAUACAUCUACUGAAGAGAGAUGGACAGUUUCGCCUUCAGCAGGACAAGCUCCGGUCAUCUUGCUGGACUGAUGGAAACUGAAGCCAAACGGCGUCGGAGGGGUUAUUGCACCUUGUAUCUAAUUUGGUUCAUAAAUAUUUUCAUAAUUAAAUCCUAAAACCACUACGCUUAUUAGGAAUUUCGGUAAAUGCUUUAAAACAUUUGGUUGCCUACAUUUUUUUUUCUCAUAGUUGAAAAAUCAGCUUGCCUUCUAGUUAGGCAGAAGGAUUUCAACAUGAGUAAUUAAGUGCCCUGUUUAUAUGUUAUUUAUUGAGAGGCACGCUUUUUUUGUCUUUGGAAGGGUGAUUAUACAGUAGGUGAUGAAGGAUCUACUGGUGCCCCUCUGUACACUGAUCUGAUUUAGAUCAUAUAGAUUGAGCAGUAUUGCAGUGUCAUGUUUGUGUCAGGGAGUGGAUAUUACAGAAGACCAUUCCUGCAUGCCAACAUGUAUCUUUUCAGUAUGUAAACCGGUUUCAGGUUGAGAAGAAUGACCUCCGGUUUUCUAGGGCUCUAUUUUAUUUUUCCUCCAGACAUUCCUUUGAGCAUUUAAAGGAUUUUACAGAUAAGAGAAAAAUAUUUUUUAUAUUUUUCAAUCUAAAAAGAUAUUGUUUUUUUUGUUGAGAAUGCAGUAUAUCCCUGACAAGAGGCUAAAGUGUGCAUGCUAACACUAGUAAACUGACUAUUAAUACUGCCUAUAUUAAAUACUUAUGUUUUGGGUGACCUUGCACAUCGCUUUUUUGGUUUACACACUGUAACCUAUUUAUGGCCAAUAAGAGGAGCACAUGAUGCUGAAUUAUUACUGAACUGCAAUUGGCAGCCAUGUAUUUUGUAUAUCUCGCCUUCCUGAUUCUUCAAAUUGGUUCAAUUUGAGUGAGGAAAUGUACGUUUAAAACUAUUUUGUUUAUUUGAACAUUCAACGUUCUUUUUUUUUUCAUUAUGACAUACUUAAUAUAUUGUAAAUUGUUCACUUUCUAUGUCUUUAAUCUGUUCGGCCCAGUGAUUACACUUUCAUAUUCAAUUUAAGAUAUGCAGCCUUUCAAUCUUCCUGUGAGACUGUAUGACUAACAGUUUUAUUCCUGUCGGUAAAGCAAGAAAUGUAAAUGUGUCACUCAAUAGAAACAGGAACCAGUAAUAUAUGUAAUCUAGGCAAUAUAAUACCUCAUGGAGGGAAUUAUGCAGUCUCUGUGUUGUCAAUGUGCUUAAUGUACUGUACCAGUAACAUCCUGCGCAUGUUGUUUCAUAUAAAAAACUGCUGAUCUCUGCAAACUUAUUAUUGUACCAGUGUGAGAAUUGUUUUAAUGCCAUGCUGCUCUGGUUUAAUAUAUGUGAAUGGUGGUACAGAGCAAUAUUUGUCACCGCCGUCUGAUCUGUAGCUACAUAGGGACUAGCAGAGAUCUUCAUUGUGCUUUAGUUAAGAACUGGCACUCAGUCUUCCAUUCUGAUUGAGCUGAAAUUAUUGUUCCUGGUGCAGAACUUUACCACAUGUGGAUAUUUGUCACAUUUACAAAUGCACGAUUCAGUUUUUAAAUGUUUAUAAAGUACAAAACACUGUGAUAUGUUUGGUCAAUUAAACCUAGUAUGAUUCUGACACAACA